CUCUCACAAUUUCUGUUGUUCCCCUUGGUCGUUGCUUACUGAAAACCUUACCUUUGUUCAUCGCUGUUUCAGUUUCGUUAGCUGUGUAGAAAAAACCCUAGUUUCGGUUUUCUCUUUCCUUCACUAAGCUCGUCUGUUUCGUAAAAUUUCUGCAAUCUAUAGUUGUCAGGCUGGUUCAAGCAGACUAUUGGGAUUAUCUGUUGGUGGUUUUCGACUAUAAGUAAACAUGCAGGCCAGUGAUAGGUUUAACAUUAAUUCCCAGCUAGAGCAUCUCCAAGCUAAAUAUGUUGGAACUGGGCAUGCUGACUUGAAUAGAUUUGAGUGGGCAGUGAACAUCCAACGUGACAGCUAUGCAUCAUAUAUUGGUCAUUAUCCUAUACUUGCUUAUUUUGCAAUUGCAGAAAAUGAAUCAAUAGGAAGAGAACGCUACAAUUUUAUGCAGAAAAUGCUAUUGCCUUGUGGUCUUCCCCCCGAAAGAGAAGAAGAUUGAGUAGUGGCUGCAUCUUGAAAUUAGGCAUCUAGUAGAUUUUGAUUUCUUUCUAGUAGGGAACUUUCUUUUUUUUUUUUAAUAUGUAAGAUAUUUUUCUUGUCCUCAGUACAGUUGCUUUGAGGAGCAGCAGAUAGGGAAUUGGUGAAGUUCAGCCUCUGGGGUUUCUGUUAAACUGUAUCAGGAUUAGCUGAUAUUGCAAACUUUACUGAACCUUGAGUAGUUGACAUUGGUAAUUUUUACUGAAUCUGAAUUUAUUGAGGCGAUGAAGUUAAUAGUA